CGAGAUCUCGUCGGAUAUAUCCUCGCGGAGUCGCCCUUCCGAGAGGCCUUUUACGUUUUCGUGGCGGAAUCCUCCGUGUCGGUUUGUUGAAUCCGCCGCCAUCUGAGCCGGACGUUGGCCGGACGAUACCGUAGCCGCCAUGCCGCCCAAGUUCGACCCCAACGAGAUCAAAGUCGUGUUCCUGAGAUGUACCGGAGGUGAAGUCGGGGCCACUUCUGCCCUGGCUCCCAAAAUUGGACCUUUGGGUUUGUCUCCAAAGAAGGUGGGAGAUGACAUUGCCAAGGCCACCGGCGACUGGAAAGGACUGAGGAUCACGGUGAAGCUGACGAUUCAGAACAGGCAAGCUCAGAUUGAGGUGGUCCCGUCAGCCUCUGCCCUGAUUAUCAAGGCUCUGAAGGAGCCGCCUCGCGAUCGCAAGAAGCAGAAGAACAUUAAACACAAUGGCAGUGUCAGCUUUGAUGACAUCGUCAACAUUGCCCGGCAGAUGAGACAUCGAUCUUUGGCCCGGGAACUCUCAGGAACUAUUAAGGAGAUCCUGGGGACUGCUCAGUCGGUUGGCUGCAGUGUUGAUGGGAGGCACCCACACGAUAUUAUUGAUGACAUCAAUAGUGGGGCGAUUGAAUGCCCAGCGAGCUAAGUCUGCCACCUGAACGGACUGCAUGCAACUGUACUUCUGUCCUUCUGUAACAAAUAUAGUUUUAGUUUGGCUGCUGCCAUGAAAGAUGGGAGUCUUUAUCUUCAUCACCUCUCCACUUAUUAGGGCGUGAUGCCAUCACGACCCCUUAAAAAUGUUGAAAAGGUUGUGUACGCAUUCCAAAUAAUAAAAAUUGUACCAGGUUAACUCCA